AGCGGAUCACCAGAUCCUGGAGAAGGUCAUUUCCGAUCAUAACAUUUUUGAGCAUACUGCUCUACAUCUGUUGUUGACAUCAAUUUCUUGGAAGUGAAAAAGGUUUCUGCAUUUUCCACGAUAGCCCACGAAUCUGGUUCUGUUUGUGAUCCUCGCAAUUUCUUUUCUGAUCUACGCAUGCAUGCACACUUCUUCGGAUUCGUUCGUUUUUUGUGAAGCGAUUUAUUAUACAUAUACCAACAUCAAGAUGCCAGCUCUCGACCGCAAGCGCUCACGCACUACGGCGGGGUCGUCUUCUGACGAUGAGCGGCGAUUGCCACUCAGCGAGAAAAUUCGAAAAGACAUCAUCAAGCAGUUGGAUCGGUACACAGAUGCCGUCAACCUCGAGUCCGCAACUGGCACGCGUGGUGUCGCCGAGUUACAGGACCAGGUGGAGUCGUUGCAGCAAGAGCUAGCUAAUGCGGAGGAAAAAACGCAGACGCUCGAGUCCCUCCGCUUGGACACGGAGGGACUCAGCGAGCAAGCCAUCCGAGGGUCCAUCGAUUACACGAUGACCGACCGCGGUCGUUUUUCGUCUGCGGAAACCAGCGAGAUCGUGCGGGGCGUGAGUGUCGCGCUGCAGGCGUAUGCGCGGGAAGGACACAGCGACCUGCAGACGAUUCCGGACACGUUUGUGAAGCAAUUCGACAAGGACAAGUAUGACAUGUGUUGCGGGUUUGGGAUGAAGAUGCGGCUGCGCGGGAACCGGAUGAAUAUCGUGUUUCCAUCGAAGAACCAUUUCCGGAUCACCAUUUACAAGCAUUAGGCGCUGUGAUGUCGCUCUGUACUACAUAAAACCUGAUGCCAACUUCGACACAUUCUGGAAUGUGUUUGCGUCCUCCCAGACUGUAACUGUAAAAAAAUUGGUAGUCAUUUCGAAUGUGCAGGAAGAGUGAGCCUGGGUUACAUAGAUGCACUAAAGAGCAACAGCUAUGCAGCUGCAGCAAAAGUCGUGAAU